GCCAAACGGAAGCGAAAGGCGGCGCUGAGAGGAGCUGCGGGCCACCAUGGCGAGCUGGGGGUCGUGCGCCUUCCCGCUGCUGGUGCGGGGCGACUGGGGCGCCGCCGAGCCCUCUCCCGCCCUGAGGAAGAAGCUGCUCUGCUACUUCAAGAGCCAGCGGCGCUCGGGCGGCGGCGAGUGCGAGCUGAGGGACGCCGCCGCCGCCGGGGAUCUCCUCGUCUGCUUUGCCCAGCCCGAGGUGAAGCAACAAGUUCUUGAGAGACAGUCUCAUCAGCUGUAUUUGGGAGAAAAAGGAGUAUUGAAGUUUAUUGUCACAGAGCCUGAAACAGCACUGGCUGCUGAAGGGGAGGCAUUUGAAGAGGAAUUAGUUCCCACAAAGACUCUGGAUUCCAUGGGCAACCUUCAAACAAAAGUUGAAGAUGAUGCAGAAGCCUUGCAGAAAGCAGAGAGUUCUGUUCCGAACAAUGAACUCCAGGAGGAACCUGGCUCUGCGAAGAGCAUUGCAGAAAAGUCCGCAGAGACCUCACCUUCGGUGGUGUUUGAAAACAUACAAGGAUGCAGUCUAAAACGCUUAAGUAUGCUGUUGGAAAGCAUCAGCGGCCUGGCAGUAGAUGAUGACUUCACUGUGGAAGUGAUACCUGAUAUAAAUGUUGCUGUAGCUACCUUUAUAAAAAGUAUCGACGCUGAAGAAUUUGUCAAGAAGUGCUCACAAAACAAGAAAGUUAACGAAUUGAAAAUAACUGCCAGGCUUCUUGAAUUGACCCGGAGCAUCAAGGCUGAAAAUGUACCGGCUAGCGUUUCCGCAGAGUGCAUCUCAGUUUACUUUCAGAGUCCACAGAAUGGAGGGGGGCCCGUGUCAGACGUCCAGCUCUUCCCUGAGAAGAACGCGGCCAUCAUUACUUUCUGUGAUCACAAAGAUCUAAACACUGUCUUGGAAAAGCAGCAUUUACUGGAACAGAAACCGAUUUCUGUGCAUCCAUAUUACCACUCCCUGGGAACAGCUCUCUAUGGAGAAGGAAGACCAACUGUCAAGAUGCCAGACCCCAUUGGGGUGCCACUGGAUCCGUAUGUCUGGCAGUUUUUACAAAAGCAGGCUAAACUGAUCCAAGACAUAAACCAGGAAAUGGCAAUUUGCCAUUGUGAGCUAAAAUGGCCCCAGAUAGUCUGUGCUAACCCAGAAAUUAUGUUGUGCCCAUCAUCAUCUCUCUCCAAGCAGAAAAAAACAAAGAUUAAGUUGGUCAAGACAUGGAAGCAAGAUGCUUUGGCUGAGUUCUCGCGUAUCAUGGCAUCUUACAUAGCUAUCAAAUGUAAAGUAAAUUCAGUGGGUUGGAAAGAUGUGAAAAACAGAUUGGUGAAAGAUGUUGCUUUGAUCAUAACUGAUAUUUCUGAGGAGAUGGUGGUGAUUGCAGGCAGCAAAGCAGCAGUGGACAGUGCAGAGAAGGAAGUGAGGAAAUGCAUGGAAAAACCCAUGAAUCAAAGCGAGAAGGAUAAAGAAAGCAUAGAAAUUUAUGUGUCUGUGAACCCAGGGAAGUAUGCUGUUAUGAAGAAUGCUGGGCUAGAAAAGAAUAUUCACAAAGAAUGUCCGUGCUUAAAGAUUGUUUACGAUGACACAAAAAAAACUGUUCAGUUGUGUGGAUUACCUGUGGAAGUAUAUAAAGUCAAAGCUGACUUAUUAGAAAAGGUAUUAAAUAUGCCACGCACAUCAGUCACCGUUGAUCCUUAUGUUUUCUGCUAUCUACAGCAUGUAGAUAAUAAACCAGUGUCGGAGAUAUUAUUCACUAGGAAAAAAAUUAAUGCUUUUUAUGAGCUUGAGGGUGAUACUGUGUUGCUAUUUGGAAAUGCUGCCAAAGAUCUUCUAGAAGCAGAAAAGCAACUAAAGACAGGCUUACAGCAAAAGUGCAUCAACGUGGAGGAUGGUGAGGUCAUUAAAAAGCAGCAGUGGGGUAGUCUUCUUGCCUUCUUGCGUAAGAAGUACAGUUCUCCACAGGAAAAUGUAGUCAUUGAUGAACCUGUUGGAAAAGAAAACAAAGUGAUUAUUGCUGGCUUUUCUAAGCCCGUAACAGAAGUGUAUCAGAAACUUAAUGAUUUUAUAGAUAGAAACACACACAUGGAAAAAGUAAUCCUGGCUAAGUCACUGGCGGAAGUGCAGUUUGUAGAGAAGGAAAAAUCCAGUGUUUAUCUUGAAUUGAAGAAGAAAGGUGUGACAGUAUGUUUUGACACCAAGACACUGUGUAUUUCCCUGAGUGGAUCAAGAGCAGAAGUUCCCAAAGCAGCUGCCACAUUUGAAAAAAUUCUCUCAUCCCUUUACUUAAAAAGCGUGCCAAUUAAUACACCAGGAGCCAGAGAGUUCUUCACUGAGAGGGAAGAUUCGUGUGUAUUUGAGGCAAAGCAGAAAUUUAACUGUUUGAUUAGGCUGGAAGAAGAACAAGAACAACAACAACAGAUGGGUGAAAAAGUUGUCAACAAUGAGCAAAGAAAGCUCUACUACAAGAAAGUGCUGCCAGAUGGAGUUGUAGUAGCAGUGUAUAAGGCUGACUUGUGCACUUAUCCUGUUGAUGUUGUGGUAAACGCAUCUAAUGAAGACUUAAAACACAUCGGUGGCCUUGCGGAAGCACUGUUCAAAGCGGCUGGUCCAGAGCUGCAACAGGAGUGUGAUGAGCUGGUGAGGAGGAACGGGCGUUUGCAGCCUGGGUGCGCAGUUAUUCUCGGCGCUGGGAAACUCCCCUGCAAGAAUGUCAUUCACGCCGUUGGGCCCAGGUGGAGGAAGGAUGACCCAGAAAAGUGCGUGUUCUUGUUAAGAAAGACAGUGAAGAAGAGUCUACAACUAGCUGAAACAUACAAUCAUCGUUCCAUAGCUCUGCCUGCUAUAAGUGGAGGGAUUUUUGGCUUUCCAAUGGAACUGUGUACGUAUUCGAUUGUAUCCUCCAUCAAGGAGACCUUGGAAGAAUCCAUGGGGGCCAGCAGCUUGAAGGAGGUUCACCUUGUGGAUGGUGCGGAAGAAACGGUUCAGGCUCUGAGUGAGACAGUAAAAACAGUGUUCACAUCCUCAGUACUGCCAACACCGCAUCUGGGAAACGGUAAGCUGAGAGAAAGCCAGGAGAAGAGAAAAGAGGAUCUGCAGAUGGUUAUGACAAAUGAAGGACUGCUCAUCCGAGUGGAGAAGAAAAACAUUCAGGAGGCCACGACGGACAUUAUUGUCAACAGCGUUGGCGUAGAUCUGAAUUUUGGCACGGGGCCUCUUUGCAAAGCCUUGCUGGCAAAGGCUGGACCAGCACUUGAAGAAGAGUUUGACAAAGAAAUAGAUAGAGUGUUUGCUGAUGAAGGGAGUGUGCUCUGCACCAGUGGAUGUGCUCUGGCCUGCAAGUACGUGUUUCAUGCCAUAGUUCCCUCAUGGGAUGGAUUAACAGGAGAGACCCUGAAGAUUCUAGAAGGUAUAAUCUACUCCUGCUUAAAGAAAACUGAAGAACUUGGACUGAAUUCAAUCACUUUCCCAGCUAUUGGAACUGGAGGAUUUGGAUAUCCUAAAACCCUUGUUUCUGAGUUAAUGUUUGAUAAGGUGUUCGAGUUCAGUAGUAGUCAUGCUCGGAAGACUCUCCAGGAAGUUCAUUUUCUCCUGAGUCCAAAAGAUCUGGAUAACAUUCAGGUGUUUACCACAGAACUGGAACGUAGGGUAGCUGAAAGUUGCAAUGCUGCAACCCCAUGGGCAAGUUUUGUUAGGCCUGUUUCAACUGAAGUAUUGGGAGUUCAUGAAAUGCAGGUCGGUUCCGUUACGCUGCAAGUAAUUACUGGAGAUAUUACCAAGGAGGAUACGGAGGUUAUUGUAAAUGUAACAAAUUCAACAUUUGAUGCCACAACAGGGGUCUUCAGAGCAAUUAUGGAUGCUGCUGGUUCCCAGGUAGAAAAAGAAUGUGCUCAAUAUGCUGGGUUGUCUGAAAAAGGCAUGGUUAUUACACAAGGUGGAAAACUGUUGUGCAAGAAAAUCAUGCACUUGAUUAAUGCUAAGAACGUGAAGAUUGAGGUCUCCAUUGUGCUUGAAGAGUGUGAGCAAAGGAAGUACAAAUCUGUCUCCUUCCCAGCAAUUGGAACAGGUCAAGCAGGACAGAGUCCAGCAAAGGUCGCUGAUGAGAUGUUGGAUGCUAUAGUGGAAUUUGCAAGCAAAACAUCAGUACAGCAUUUGAAAAAAAUCAAAAUCAUCAUCUUCCAGACAAAUAUGCUCAGAUACUUUUAUGAAAGCAUGAAGAAAAAGGAAAGUUCAGAUUCAUCCAUAACAGUAUUUUCAGGGAAAACUGACAAGAAAAAGCCCACAGUUUUGGAGAAGAAAGUUGAUUUAGCCACAUUUCAAAUUUGUGGAGAAAGUAAAAAAAAUGUGGAUGCAACUGAAUUGUGGAUCAAGAAUUUAAUUUUAAAGGAACAGUUUGAAAACAUUAUUUCAGAUGAGCUAAUUGAAAAUUUUGGUGAGAGGCAAAUUGACACUUUGGCAGAUCUCCAGAGAAGAAAGCAUGUUACCAUUCAUCUUGAGAAUAAACAUUCCCCCCAUCACAUUAAAAUUUCUGGCAUUAGCAGGGAUGUCUGCUUUGUGUCUGUGGAAGUUCAAAAAAUGAUUCAAAAAAUUAAGGAUACUGAAGAAGAACGAUCCAAGGCAGAGCUUGUUUAUAAUCUGGUAGAAUGGAGGUAUCCAGGAAGUAAUGGUAACUUUGUUGCUUUUGAUAAACUGACAAAUAUGCAGCUGGAGGAUGCCCAAAUAGCUAAAAAACCACAUCUUACUGUCAAAAUUAACAAGAAGAACUACAAUGUGGAUCUGAAUACUCUACAGGCUAAUGAUGACCAAGGAAAAACUAUAAACAUUCAACGUGUGCCAAAGAAUGAAGAUAAGCAGUCAAUAAUGCUCCCUGCGCAGUGGGAAGACAUGAAAGAGGAACGGGUCAAACUGGUGAAUCUUGAGCCAUCAUGUCAGGAAUACCUGAAAGUUCAGAACAAAUUUAGGAAAACCUGUCCCAACUUUGUCAUAGAGAAGAUUGAAAGAAUACAAAAUCCCUUCCUCUGGCAGACAUACCAAAUAAAAAAAAAAUCUCUCUGUAAAAAGAACAAGUAUCAAAGUAAUGAGAAGUGGCUGUUCCACGGGACAGCUGCGUCCUCGUUGAGCACGAUCAACUACAAUGGAUUUAAUCGUGGGUUUGCUGGAAAGAAUGCUGCAGUCAUUGGAAAUGGAACGUACUUUGCCGUUGAUGCAAGUUAUUCUGCUCAGAAUACUUAUUCCAGACCGGAUAUGAAUGGCAGAAGAUACAUGUACUUGGCUCGGGUCCUCACCGGGCAGUACUGUGCUGGGUGCAAAGGCCUCAUCACCCCACCACCGAAAGACCCAGCAGAUCCUACUGACCUGUAUGACAGCGUGGUUGAUGAUGUGGAUUCUCCAAAAAUGUUUGUUAUAUUUAAUGAUAUUCAGGCCUAUCCUGAAUACCUUAUUACCUUCAGAAAAUAGAAUGUUCUUAGUAGUCUGGAAAAAUUAAGUGCCUUUUACAUGUGGGAGUUAACAGGGGAACUCUUGAUUCUUGUUUACAUCUAGGUUUCUUAAACUAAGUGAUUUUUUUUAAUCUAUCUGUGUGUUUAAGUAUGCCUUCAAGUUAUCAAUGUAAUGAGGCCGGGAUAAGCAAAUAUUUUACAACGUGCUAUUUCAAUACUUGUGUUUUAAAUUCAGUUAUGUGGAGGUGUAGGCAAGAACUGUGAGAACACCCCUGACCUCUUCCUAUGCGAGGGAGAGGGGACUGGUAGGAGAGGGAGCUGCUCUGCCUGACCUGUGGCCUGAAGUAAGAGGUGUUAGGGUGGGCCAGUGCAUCCGUCCGUGUUCCUGUUUCCAGUUACCACCAUAAGGCACCAACUGUUUGCCUCCCCGUGGAGGAUUUAUUUAAAAACGCUCCAUGUUGGAGGGAUAACCUCUCUCGCCAGCAGAGUUUUCAGUCAUUCUCAGGCAUCCAUUCGCCCUUGUUGGUGCUAAGAGUCCUGAAGAAAAAUAUCCAAUAUUGAGCAUACACUCUACCUUCAUUGUUUCACCCCUCCUUAUGCUGUUAGGGGAUAUUUUGUUACUUUCUAGGUAUAAAUUUCCUGUAUUCAUACACAUUUCUUAGAGGGUUUUCUAUGGUCCCCUGCAUUGUGUACAUCCAACUUUCACACACAAAGUUAUUGCUUCUGGAAUUUUAAGGGCAGUAAAGGGGGAGUUUUAAUUUCUUCUGGUGAUUACCGAAACGCUAACCCUUCUGUAGAAUUACCAAUUUGGAGAGAGUCAGCUAUAGGGGCAUAACUCAGUUACCAUGUUUAAACCAUUUGGAAAAUAUUAAAAGUUCUGUAAAAGAAGCAAAUAAUGGCAUUUGUACAUCUUUGCAAGCUGUACACUUAAUUUCAGUGAUAAUCUUAUAACUGCCAGUCAAAAGCCAUAUACGUGUGGUUUUAAUAAAAGUAGUUUCAAACAGC